AUGGUAAUCCAAGGAGGGGAGAGUAUUGCUCACUCUGUCUUGUCUCUGUCCUCAGUGUGCGGUCAGCCAACACUCAACAACAGGAUUGUUGGAGGACAGGUGGCCUCUGCAGGCAGCUGGCCCUGGCAGGCCAGUCUGCAAAGGUCUACAGGGUCCCACUUCUGUGGAGGAUCCCUCAUCAACAAUCAAUGGGUGCUGACUGCUGCUCACUGUUUCUCAAGCACAGACACAAAUUCUCUGAUUGUGGUUCUGGGUAUCCAGACCCUACAGGGAUUAAAUCCCAAUCAAGUGACCCGGGCAGUUUCACAGAUCAUUGUUCAUCCCAGCUAUAACUCCAAAACUAAUGACAACGACAUCUGCCUCCUGAAGCUCUCCUCACCCGUGACUUUCACCACCAACAUCUUGCCCGUCUGCCUGGCAGCCCCAGGCAGCACCUUCUACAAGGGGACUGUCUCCUGGGUCACCGGCUGGGGCACCAUUGGAUCUGGAGUGUCCCUUCCUUUCCCAGGAAACCUGAUGGAGGUGCAGGUGCCUGUUGUGGGGAACAGACAGUGUAACUGUAACUACGGAGUGGGCUCAAUCACAAACAACAUGAUGUGCGCCGGAUUAAGUGCUGGAGGGAAGGACUCCUGUCAGGGGGAUUCAGGAGGUCCGAUGGUGAGCAAGCAGGGCGGUCGCUGGAUCCAGGAGGGAGUCGUCAGUUUUGGUAACGGCUGUGCACUGCCUAAUUUCCCAGGAGUCUACACCCGAGUGUCCCAGUAUCAGUCCUGGAUCAACAGCCAGAUCACCAGCAACCGGCCAGGCUUCCUCAUCUUCAGGUCCACUGGGACUGACGGUGACCUCAGCGUCACUUGUCCUGGCCUGCCACCCCCUCCAGCUACCCCACCCCCACCUGUGGUCUGCGGUCAAGCCCCACUGAAUUCACGUUUUUCGGGAGGAAGCUCUGUGGCGACAGCUGGUGUUUGGCCAUCGAUGGCGAGCCUACAGAACAAUGGAAGUCAUGUGUGUGGUGGGACUCUGGUGGCUUUGGACUUUGUGUUGAGCGACGCCAACUGCUUCUCAAGUUCACCCAUACCGUCUGAAUGGACUGUCGUUUUGGGUCGUUUGAAACAGAAUGGAUCCAACCCCUUUGAGGUGACAUUAAAUGUGACAAAUAUCACUCUGAGCAAACUCACUGGGUCUAAUGUAGCAGUGCUGCGUCUGGCAACCAGACCCACCCUGUCCAACCACAUCCAGCCCAUCUGCCUGGACAACGGACAAACCUUCGCUGUGGGCUCGACGUGCUGGGCUGCUGGCUGGAGCGCCGGACAAGGAGGGGUGGAACAAGUUCUGCAGGAGUUCCGGACCUCAGUGGUAGACUGUGGGAACGCCUCAACACCGGACAGCAUUUGUACAGGCGCUUUCACACUGGGGCAGGGUGAUUCUGGCGGUCCAAUGAUGUGUAAGCUGGAAGGCUCUUGGUUCCAGGCAGCAGUGCUAACUGUUCAAAACAACAGCACCAACAACGCCACCACCAGUCAAACGCGAGAAGAUUCAGUGAUGGUCUUCACCAAACUCAGCCGCUUUGAUGCCUUCCUGACUCUGACAGUGGGGACGUUCUUAUCUCCAGCCUCCAACACCAGCAGCACCAGCACGACUCCCAGCAGCGCUCCAACUCACUCACCUUUCUUCUUCUUCUUCCAUCUCCUCAUCUUCUCUGUGUGUCUCCACCUCUUCUUAUAGAUGUGACAAAUGAAUGUAAACAACCUUGUAGGUUUAAAGCUGCAAAAAUUACUCCAUGACUUGAUUCUGCCUCUGUUGGUGACGACUAGAGAUCAAAGAAGAGAUUGUGAACUGCUUUCCGUCUAAAAUGAAGGAUGUAAAAUGAAUGAAAAUGAAUUGUUGAAGCAGCACUGAACAAAUGUAUGUGUAUGUAGCCUAUAGCAUUCCAGGAUGUCAUUGUUUUUGAAGCUAUAUAGACCAUAAGGAUAUCUGCACCUGUUUAUAUUAUGAUUUUGUUGUAUUGUUUUUAUAAUUACAGUUUGACGCAUUACUUAAAAGUUACAAAAAAAUGGAUCCAGAUAUUAUGCAAAUAACAAAAUGAUGAAUUGUCAUUCACAUAAAACAUUGCAUUGUAGAUAGAAUUAAAGUAAUUUGCUGGAAAUGGAUUGAAAAACUUAAAGAAGCUUAUUUUAGAGGUCUGAGUACAGUUACAAUGAUCAGCCUGUCCAGCAUCUACCUCAUAUUUCAGAGCUAAAGUACCAUAAUGUACAUUUUUAUAUGAAGUUUGCUCUAAAAAAUACUUGAGCUGCACUUUAUAUUGCUAAUUAUUUGGUUAGAAAUACAAAUUUUUAUCAAGCUUUGUCAUGAAAUAAUGUCCUGUAGAUUGCAAAGUGCUGAUUUCCCCAUUGUCUUUUUGUCUCAAUAAUCUGAUUUUUAAUGAAGUGAAAUCCUUUUUGUCCGCUUUCUUAUUGCUUUCUGAAAAACUACACAUAAUUAUUGGCCUUUAGAUGUUCUUUAAGCCAUGUACAGUGUGUCAUUUUCCCUCGUACAUAGUCUGCAUACAUCCAGUUGAACUUGAAAGCAGCAGCUACACAUUCAGUUGCCAGCUUAGGUCAAACUCAGACUAAUGCAGUCUAAUCCAACAGUCCUGCAGUAAA